CGCAACUGUCCCAUCCAUGUCGGAGGUGUGCAUCCUCAAGGGCCCGGACGACUUUAGCCGCUGGUGGAGCUCCGGGUCCCAGGACUACCAGCUCUACCUCGGCGUCGUCCUCCUCUUCUUCUCGCUCGUCAUCGCGCUGCCCAUGGCCAAGUUCGGGCUCUUCCUCCUGCGCUACGCGACCGGCGACGUCUACCUGAAGCCCGACGAAGCGCACGAGAUGCUGCUGUGGGAGACACAUUGGCUGCUGCGCGUCGGUCUCUUUUGCUGGGCGCUGCAGGUCGUCGGGCUCACGUCGCUUUUGUGCCAAUGGCCGCUCUGGGUCUUUGGCGUGCCAUUGCUGCUGUGGGUCAACGCCGUCGGCAACGUCUACCGCCUUAUCACGGUGCGCAAGGGCUCGGCCAAGACACUCCUCCACGAAGGCGUCACGGUGCUCAAAAUCCUCGUGCUCGUCAUCUUGUUUUACUUUAUCUACAUCCUCGUGUUUCCUGGCAUUGCUGAAAACAUCAUCCGCGCCUUCUUUACGGGUUUUUGCUCGCUCGUUGCGCUCGCGACAGUCCCCGUCGUCCGGAACGUCACGGGCUCGCAGUUCAUCUUGUUCAACCACGCGCUGCGCCAGCGCCUCCAUGUGUUUAUGGCGUCGACGCCGCCCGGCAUGCUCUUGGACGUGCCCCUCGGGUAUGUCAUUACGACCUGUGACGCGUACUCCAAGACGUUUGUGCCGGCCGGGAAGGCGCUCACGACGCCGCUGGUGAUGUUUGCGGAAAACACGCCCGAGGCCGACGAACCGCGCUGGCCGCUCCGGCUCCGCAUCCGGCUGCCACCGACGCUGCACGUGGCGGCUGUCCGCCGUUUCCUGCAAGACGUCGACAGUCGGCUGCGCAAAGCGGACGAGCGCGCGGCGCUGCACCCGCACCGGAACGCGAUGUUUGCAGCGACGGCCGCCACCCCAACGCUGCUGCGCAAGCAACUACCGCCCACACGGGAAGAAGACCGGCUCUGUGUGUCGAUCGAAGGCCGCUGGAUUGUCCACGUCUUUGGUGACAUUGCGGCCAAGUCGCGCGAGGUGUUUCGCGAUCGACUCUCGCAGAAGGUCCAACUGAUUAUGAGCAUUGUGGAAACACAUGCGCUCACGGCCAAUCUCGAGCAAGCAUGAACCAACUGCCGCGACCUAUUUAUUCUCCCACCACCGCGUUUAUGACGUGGUAUCAAGUUAUCAAGUAUUACGUGCACUGCCGUUGCCCACGGCAGCACUGCGCAAAACAAAUGUGUGUCUAGUCGUGG